AUGGCUCUCCCAAGAGCUAGUGGGGAAUAUAUUAGCGGAGUUGAUGGUUUUCUAGAUAUGGCUUUUCAAAGGACCGCGCAAGGACAAGAAAUACUUUGCCCGUGCAAAAAGUGUUUGAACCGUAAUUGGUAUUAUAGAGCAACAGUGAGAGAACACUUGAUAGUCUAUGGUUUCUUAGAAGGCUAUACUGAGUGGGUAUUCCAUGGAGAAGGAUUGUCAAUGUAUUUUGAAGGAUUACCAUCACAUAGUAAUGAAGGACUUGAUACUCUUGAUGUCAUGGAUGAUAUGUUGCAAGAUAUGUAUAGAGAUAUAGCAGUUGGAGAGAACAACCUCCCAAGGAUUUCUGAAGGUCCUAAUACAGAGGCAAAGAAAUUUUACAAAUUAAUGGAGGAAGGCCGACAGGAGCUUUAUCCAGGGUGUAAGAGUUUCUCAAGGCUUUCUUUCAUCGUUCGAUUAUAUCUUUUCAAGUGUCUCCAUGGGCUAAGUAAUGUAGCAUUUGGUGACCUUCUAGAUUUAUUAAAAGAAGCCUUUCCUGAUGCUACAAUUCCGGGUUCUUUUAAUGAAGCUAAGAAGACAGUGAGAGAUUUGGUUCUUGAUUACAAAAAAAUACAUGCAUGCCCAAAUGAUUGUAUGUUGUUUUGGGAUGAGCAUGAAGAAGCAAAUAAUUGUCAUGUAUGUGGUGCUUCUAGGUGGAAAUUGGAGGACAAAUUUGCAAAUGAUAAUGCUAAAUCCUCCACUAUACCUGCUAAGGUUUUACGAUACUUUCCUCUUACUCCUAGGCUACAAAGGUUAUUCAUGUGUGAAGAGACAGCUACUGCAAUGAGAUGGCAUGCAAUAGAUCGUCCGAAUGAUGGAAAUUUGAGGCAUCCGGCUGAUGCCAAAGCUUGGAAAGAUUUUGAUAAUUUGCAUCCUGAGUUUGCUCAAGACCCUCGCAAUGUGAGGUUGGGACUUGCAAGUGAUGGGUUCAAUCCAUUUUCAACGAUGAGCAUUUCACAUAGCACAUGGCCCGUUGUGUUAAUCAAUUACAAUUUAUCACCAUUGGUUUUUAUGAAGUCUGAAUAUAUUUUAUUGUCUAUGAUUAUUCCGGGUCCUAAAUCGCCUGGUAAAGACAUUGAUAUCUACAUGCAGCCUUUGAUUAAAGAGUUGAAGCACUUAUGGGAAAUUGGUGUUGAAACAUAUGAUGCCACAAGCAAACAAACAUUUCUCAUGCGGGUGGCAUUAUUAUGGACAAUUAGCGACUUCCCAGCUUAUGCUAUGUUAUCAGGAUGGAGCACUAAAGGAAUGUUAGCAUGCCCUUAUUGUAAUUAUGGGACUUGUUCCAAAUAUUUGAAGCAUAGUAGAAAAAUAUGUUAUAUGGGUCAUCGGAGAUUUUUAGCUCAAAAUCAUCCUUGGCGUCAUAACAAGACAUCAUUUGAUGGUACUGUGGAGAUGAGAGAUGCCCCGAUCCAUUUGUCAAGUUUGGAUGUUGCACAAAAGUUAUCAAAUUAUGUGAAUGUUUUUGGCAAGACACAAAAAAAGAAGCCUCAUGAUAAAAAUGAUCCAUGGAGGAAAAAGUCCAUUUUUUUUUAG